AAGGGAGUGAUAAAAUACAAAUAGUCGAAACUUGAAACACAACCUCCAACGGUAGCGUAGUUUUUCCACAGAGCGAUAUUUCCAGAGCGAGCGAGAGAGAGAGAGAAAGAAGAGAGAGAAGAAAAAGAAGAGAAAGAGAGAGAAAGAAGAGAGAGAAGAAAAAGAAGAGAAAGAGAGAGAAAGAAAAGAGAGAUGACUGAGAUCUCAGGACAGAAGAGAUCGCUGUGGUUCCUACUAUUCUUCUUGUCAAUUUCUCUACUACUCGUUCCUGGUUUUUCAACUGAUUCAUCAAAUCCCAAAAAUGGGACUAAGGCUGAUACUCACACUACUUCCAGCACUGGCACUGGGUCAAGGGUAGUCAUCAUAUGCCUUGUGCUUGUGGCAGUUGUGUUUUUAUCAUUUUUCCUUUUCAAAUUAUGGCAGAAGAAAAAACGUGAAGAGCAGUAUGCUCGUCUUUUAAAGUUGUUUGAGGAGGAUGAUGAGCUGGAGUUUGAACUUGGCCUUCGGGAUUGAGCCUAUGUCCCAGUUAUAUAUCAAUUCGGUGUAGUUGAGGCGUAAAUGGCAAUUCAUUAUAUUGGAAGUACCUCGAAUAGCCACAGCAAGGGGUGGGUGAUUAUAUAGAUGUCAUAUAAUGAGGUCAUAUGUUUUUGGCUUCUUAAUUGUAGUAUUUGUAAUGAUAUAUGUCCAACUGAUAAUAUCCCAGAAUUUGAAAUUUUUGCAUGUGGUAGAUUAGAGAAGAAUCUCUUCUUGUAUGAAAUGCUCCACAAGCUCCAUUUUGCAUUUUGUUAA